AGAAGCGACGGAGGCGGGUUGUACUUGGCGCGGGUGGACGGUUUGCAGCUGUGAUGCUGGUGUGUCACCGUGUUAAAACUUUAUAACGUUACUCUGCAGAAUGACGUCGUUUGUAACCGAGGUGCUCGCCAGCUCCGGCAAGCUGGAGAAGGAGGACCUGGCCAGCAAAAUAAGCAGGAUGUCCCGGAAGGUGGAAGAUACCAAGGAGGAAGUGUGUGACAUGAUAAACAAGAAGUACAGUGAAUUUUUACCGAAUCUUCAAGCAUCAGAGGACCUGAUGGUGCAGAUUGAUACGGUCUCUAAAGAAAUGGAAGCUCUUAAAAACUGCAUUGAAUCUGAGGUGCAGCAGAACAUCCACGUGGCAGUGAACGAAUACUUAAAGCUGAAGCAGCAGCUGGAGAAGAACACUAUGAUCAUAAAAAUGCUUGAACACUUAAAACAGUUUCACAGUGCGAUGGAGGACUUCAACAAAGCAUUACAGGAGAAGAAGUAUGUCGAUGCUGCAACCCAUCUAGAAAAGGCGGGGAAAAGUGUGGAUUCACUGAAGGAUUGGAAAACAUCUCAGCUGCCACUUCUCAGCUCUCUGAGCUCUGAGCUGACCGUGCAGAGAGAGAAUUUAAUUUACCACCUGGGAGACGAGUGGAAGCGCCUUGUCAUCUGGAGAUUACCGUCCACCAAAGAAUCUGCAGGUCCGAAGGCCUUCCAUAAGAUAGAGCUGGUGCUGAGUGAUGCCUGCAUUAAAGACUUUGAACCGAAGCCAACCCCACUGCUGUGCUCCGUCCUGCAAGCUCUGGCUAUCCAGGGAGACCUUCAGAACAAAAUCAAGCUCUUCAGUCACGUGCUUCUGAAGAACAUGCUGAAGCCACUGGUUAUGUACGCAUCUCUUGAACUGACCUUAUCAGAGCAGCAAGGUGAGGGUACCAUCCUGGGCCUCGAGUGUUUAGAGGAGGGCAAUGAGGAGCGAUCCACUCCUUCACAGGUCUACAAGAAACUACUGCUGGUGUUAAAGACUCUACACUCACACCUGCUGGACGUGUCCAUUGGGGAUAAAAAGCUCUCAGCUAUCCUUGGGGAACUGAUUUGGGAAGAAGUGUCAAAGUGCAUCAUCCAUGAUUGUCUUGUGUACUCUAUACCCACGAACAGCAGCGACCUUGAAAGAUACAACAGUGUGAUUAGAGAGACAGAGGUGUUUGAGGAGGCUCUUAAGAACAUGGAGUAUCUGCAGGACGAUUCCACAGACCUGCUCAAAUACGCCAGAGAUGUCAACUGUCACUUUGCCAGCAAGAAAUGCAGGGACGUUAUCGUGGCAGCACGCAAACUCAUGACCUCCAAGAUGCACAACACAGUUAAAAUCAACCCAGAGUCGAAGCUGCGGCUCCCCAAGCUGCCUCCUCCGAGUUCAGAGGUGAAAACGAAGCAGGAGGUGGUGAAGGAAGAGGUGUCGAUGGAGAACUCAAAGCAGUUGUCCGCCUGCAGUCUGUGUCUGCCAGCCUGUCGCAUCAGCGAGUCGGUGCAGCAGCUGAUGGAGCUGGCAGUCAACACACUGUGUGAAGCUGUUGGAAGCUCCACACAGUGUGCCUUGCAGCUUUUCUUCACUGUGAGAAACAUUUUUCAGCUCUUCUAUGAUGUUGUGCCGACGUACCACAAGGAGAACCUGCUGAAGUUUCCUCACCUUGCCGCCGUGCAGCACAACAACUGCAUGUACCUGGCACACCACCUGCUCACCCUGGGGCACCAUUUCAGAGCCCACCUGCCACAGCCCCUCAGCGAGGGUGUCGCAACGUUUGUCGACAUGGUGCCUGGAUUCAGGAAACUGGGUGCUCAGUGCUUCUUAGCUCAGCUAAAUGUGCAGAGAGCUGAGCUCAUUGAGAGAUUGUCCACUGCUCACAACUUCUGCAACCUGGACGACGAAGACAACUACAUAGCAGCCAGCAAAGCAGUAAGACAGGUCAUUCAUCAGCUGAAACAGCUGGGCACAGUGUGGCAGGACGUGCUUCCGGUCAGCAUCUACUGCAAAGCCAUGGGCAACCUGCUCAAUACCGCCAUCAUGGAGAUUAUUGCUAAAAUCAUGAUGCUUGAGGAUAUUUCCUCAGAGGACGGGGAGCACCUUCAUACAAUGUGCCAAACCAUCAUUGAGGAAGGCCCGCUGGUGUUCAUCCCUCUGGCUGAGGAGAACAAAAAUAAGAAAUAUCAGGAGGAGGUGCCACUCUACGUGAAGAAGUGGAGCACUUUUAAGGAGCUUGUCAUUGUGCUGCGAGCCAACCUGCAAGAGAUCGUUGACAGGUGGGCUGAUGGUAAGGGUCCUCUGGCUGUAGAGUUCUCCAGUUCUGAGGUGAAGAGCCUGAUCCGAGCUCUGUUUCAGAACACGGAGCGGAGAGCUGCUGCUUUGACCAAAAUCAAAUAGACUAUUAGAGAAACAACAAAACUACCAAGCAGACUCUGUUGCACUUUUUUCCUCAGUGGGAAAUCUGACCCUGCCUUUACUCAUUGAUGUUUUAUGUAAAACAUUCACCUGCAUGAAAGAUGAACACAUUGUUUAAGACAGGAGGUGCUGCUUUAGGGGGUGCAGGCGUGUUGUAAUCAGUCUGCAGGAUAUUAUUCCUCCACCCUUACUGUACAAAUACGAUUCCACCAACCUCUUAAAGAUGUGGAGGUUUUCAGCUGCACGUUCCUCUGAGUUGGUUUAACUAGAAGCUUUCAUCUGUUCAUGCGUGAUGAAGCUUCCAGAGUUAAUCAAGCCUCGGCUUUUUUUUUGUUUCAGAUUUCUUUGCUUUUUCUGUACGGAUGUCGUUUAAUAAGACUAUGUUUGAAGUUUAGCACCCAUGAAGUGGUAAAUUGCUUGCAAACAACUUAAAACUGAACUCAUCUGUAAUAUAUUUAUUAUUUGUUUUAAUAAAUUACAAGACUUGGCUUCUUUUCAGCUUCACCUACA